CAUCAUCAUCAUCAUCAUCAUGCGUUUGCGUGCUCCGACUAGCGUGUCUUUGUCUUGGUUCGUCGCAGCACACGCGCAACCGUGGCUUGGGGGAAGAAGGGAAGGGGAAAAAAAAAGAUUGAUCUAUUGGGAUGUAUCACGGCUGUUCGUCGCCCGUCUGGGUGUGUGUAUGUGUGUGCCUCUAGCAGGAAGCAGAUUUUCAGGCGACGUGGGAAAAGCGAUUAGGGGGUGGGGCUAUCCACCGUCGUGCUCCUGUUUCAACAAGCAAGACGUAGCAUUGUAUCUAAAUUACGGUACGAGGACUAAUAACACGUAUAUUAUUACAUACAUGCCUAGGUAGGUACGGUAGGUUAAUGGGUAGUAGCGUAGAAGGGCCCUCGAGAAACGAUGAUGUACCCGCUGGGUACAGUACUCUAGCCGCCCUCUAGCACCGAAACCCCUUUGCCCAGCCAAACCAGCCCGGUGCAAGACGCCUGGUUCGAGUGAGGUUCAGAGAUAUGCACCAAAGAAUCAGCCAUCUCUGUUGUCUCUGGUCGUCACUUAGCGACAUUGCGUGCAUCGCGCGGCGUGAGAAGUUUUCCGUGGCUGAGGGACCCUUCACCUACCUACGCAAAACUCCCCGAGGACCGAGACUGCAACAGUACAACUGUACAGAUAGUUUAGGAAGAGAUGCUAGAGUAGCUUCCACGGUGCCGAGACAAGACAUUGGGGGGGGGGUGGUGGAAGGG